AUGUCAACUUCAGCUGAUAGCUUCCGUAAGGUCCACCUCAACAAUGACGAGGAGAACGAGCGACUGCGACGUGAAGGCAAAUACGCAGACAACUACGUGACAACGUCCAAGUACACAAUCAUAAGCUUCGUCCCGAAGAUGCUCUUCGAGUUUUUCAGAGUGAUUGCCAAUUGUUACUUUUUGGCGAUAUCAAUUCUUCAAGUGGCCACACCAUGGUCCCCGACAAACAAAUACACUACAGCUGGGCCGUUGGUAACAGUGUUAAUGGUUUCUAUGAUCAAACAAGCCAUUGAAGACAAGAAGCGUCACGACGCCGACAAUGUCCAGAACUCCCGACAAUGUAAAGUGCUGGGACGUAACGGAGAGAUCGUGACGAAAGAAUGGCAAGAAGUGGUAGUUGGGGAUAUUCUACGCCUCGGUGACCGUGAUGAAGCGCCUGCAGACGUGUUUAUCCUCUCAACGUCCGAGGAAGAAGGACGAUGCUUUGUUGAAACGUGUAACUUGGACGGUGAGACGAAUCUGAAGCGACGAUCUGCCAUCGAGCAAGUGGCACAACACGUUGGCUAUAGGAAGCUAAACGAUCCUGUAUUGCCAGAGAGUGAUCACAGCAAACAAACGGUGAAGCUGAAUGCUACGAUGGAGUAUGAACAACCCAAUAAUCGCCUGUACAACUUCACUGGCAGGAUCGAGUUUGGGCCCAACAAGGAGGCAGCUCCAAUUGGCCCUUCCAACAUCAUUCUGCGUGGCUGCAGUGUUCGCGGUUGCGCGUACAUUUACGGGAUCGUCAUUUUUACUGGUUCCGAAACCAAAUUGAUGCAGAACGCUCGCUCAACGCCAUCCAAACAGAGUAAUGUGUACAAGGUCGUCAACCGCUGCAUUCUGCUGAUCUUCAUCACGCAGUUCGUGCUUUGUAUCAUCAGCACAAUUUGCAACACGAUCUGGAUGAACAAGUAUGAGAAGAAUCUUUGGUACUUUAGCUCCGCUUUUGAAGGGACGUCAUCUGCUUCCAACCUGGUCUUCCAAGCGAAAAACCUUGCCAGCGACCCUGAGAUGUGCCAUGAAGGAACGUAUGCGAAUGCAAGGACGUCCGAUUUGAAUGAAGAACUAGGACAGGUGCACCACAUUUUCAGCGACAAAACGGGUACUCUCACUUGUAACAUCAUGGAAUUCCGAAAGUGCUUCAUCGCUGGUGUAUCGUAUGGUUUCGGCACAACCGAAAUCGGUCGAGCUGUUGCCGAGAUGGCGAAGAAAAAUGCUGCUGCUAAGGGGUUAACCAUCGAUUCGAAUGAUAAAGAAGACGACAAGCACCACGAUCCUAGAGACGCUCAAGUUGAUUUCAACGCUCUCAUUCAUUUCGAUGACCCACGGUUAAUCAAUGCACUAGCCACGAAUGCUCCGGAGGCUGCAGCCAUCGAUGAGUUCCUGACAGUGCUUUCCGUGUGCCACACGGUGAUCCCUGAAAAGAAUGUGAAAACCGGUGAGAUCGACUAUCGCGCCUCUUCUCCGGAUGAAGAAGCUCUAGUGAAAGCUGCCAGGUGUUUAGGAUACAAUUUCUACGCACCAGCACCACUUUUGGAGGUCAAAGUGACUAAGAAGAACGGGUCGUCGACUAUGCGUAAGUACUCAAUUCUCAAUGUGAACGAGUUUAACAGCACUAGAAAGCGAAUGUCCGUGACAUUACGUACCGAAGACGGGCGAUACUUUCUGUACUGCAAGGGUGCAGACAAUGUAAUGAUGCCUCGCAGUAAAGUCGACCAGUAUACCGCUAAAAUGGAUGAGGAAUUGAAGCGAUUUGCUAGUGAAGGACUUCGAACGUUGGUGAUCUGCAGCAAGGAGCUAACCGCAGAAGAGUAUUUGGCUUGGGAUGCUAAAUACCAGGAAGCUGUGACUUCUCUGACAAAUCGAGAUGAACUUUUAGAACAAGUGGCUGAGUUGAUCGAAACCGAAAUGAAAAUUGUGGGGGCGACUGCAAUCGAAGAUAAAUUACAGAAAGGUGUACCCGCUGCGAUUGCAAAUCUUGCUCAGGCCGGAAUAAAGAUCUGGAUGCUAACGGGUGACAAGGAGGAAACUGCAAUCAACAUCGGCCAUGCCUGCCAGUUGAUCAAUGAAGGAAUGAAACUUCUCAUCAUCAAUUGCGAGGACCUCGACGAUUUAGGCAGACAAGUUGACACAAUAUAUAAACUGGAAGAUGUGCAGUCACAUUUGAACGCCAACACGGUUUCCAGUAAUCUCGCGCUUGUGUGUGAUGGCAAGGCGAUGGUUCACGUGUUCCCACCGAAGAACACGUCGUCUGAGCGGGCACUGCAUGCGGCGAAGGUCCUCUCCCAAAUGUUGCUGGAUAUAUCCAGUGUUUGCCAUGCAGUGAUUGCAUGUCGAGUCUCCCCUGCUCAAAAAGCGGAUAUUGUUAACCUCAUUCGGUAUAACUCACCACAAAAGCCAAUUACACUGGCCAUCGGUGACGGAGCCAAUGAUGUGAAUAUGAUUCAGUCCGCUCACGUUGGUAUCGGAGUGUCAGGCCAAGAGGGUGUACAAGCUGUUAAUGCGAGUGACUAUGCAAUAGCCCAAUUCCGGUUUCUCGAACGACUGCUUCUUGUCCACGGUCGCUAUAACUACCAACGAAUCUCCAAGGUCAUUCUUUAUUCGUUCUACAAGAAUGUCGCACUCGUUAUCGCUCUGUUCCUUUUCAACUUUUACAAUGGACAGUCAGGUACGAGUGUGUUUGAGAGUUUUGUCAUGGCUGGGUGGAAUUUCUUCCUGGCGUUGCCAAUCAUUGCGAUCGGCGUUUUUGACGAGGAUGUCGCCCCCGAACAAGUUCUCCGUAACCCGAUACUGUAUAUUCCUGGUCAGAAAAAUGAUGGGAUCAACAUGAAGCGAUUUUCGAUAUGGCUACUCAAUGCCAUGAUUCAAGCAUUUAUCUGCUUCAUGCUGGCAAUGUACGGCACAAUCAACGUCGGUGGGUUGAGUGUAGGGCUCUAUCUGCAGGGCAAUGUCAUCUACUCCGUGCUAUUGAUGUCCGCGAACGUGAAAGUUGUAUUGGAGACCCUGUCCUGGACAAAGUUCAAUCGAAUGGUCUUGGUAUUUAGCCUGUGGUUGUUCUUCUUCUUCCUGCUCGUGUUCCCUUUUAUGGGAGAACUUGGACACGAUCUGUACGGUGUUUCACUGCGGUUGUUAUCAAGGUUCGUAAUGCCUCAAUUAUUCUGCCAUUGGUGA